AUGCAGCUCCUAACUGGUCUGGCUUCGCUACACAACAACAGCCUCAACAACUACAAUCUCUCAUCAAAAACAACAAAUUUGUUGUUGGCUUGGGAAGAGUUUGCGAAAGGAUGUGGUGACCUAACCAACAGUAAAUAUUUAAACGAAAGUUGGAUGAACGCACGAAGGGUCUACGGAUGCACCAACGCUCGUGCAAAAUAUUUAACCUCAAAAACUCUGAAAAUUCUGAAGAAACAACAAACGAUCCUAAAAAUAGCUCCAACUCGCAAUCGUCUUUUCCCCAUCAACAAACAUCUUUUUCACCCUCAAGGGCACCAAAUAUCGACAAGGCGUCCAACGUUGAACACAGAAGUGCAAAAUAACAAACAUUAUAAGAGCCCCAGUGAAUUUUUUGCACACCACCAACAUGGAAAGGUUGGAUUCUUUUUCAUUUUCAAACUCGUAGUAAAAAGUUCUCUUGGUGACCGACCAUCGGAAGAGUUCUCUGAUAUUCAUGGACCUGUCAUCUACGGCUCCGUAUCUUACCUUUCUGCGUGUGGAAGCCUUGAAUACAGGUGGCUUGGUCACGUACGUUCAGAGAAAUCAACAACACCCAAACAUCGCAUAGGAAUACGUCCUAAACGACGUAUCAGGACGCAUGUGAUAGGCGGGAAUCUUUGUGUUAUAUUCGAACCUGGUCAAUGCACUGCGAAACAGCACCAGGCGACCCUAACCACUAGGCCAUCACGCCACCCAGGCAUUAAAUAUACGUUUGACUCGAACGAUAAAAAAUCACCCUCCAAGUUCCCUUCGAAAGUAUCCCACCUCAGUGGCGUUCGGUCCUGCCUUGGCGACAAAGCAGCCCUAUUUAGGGAGGCACUGCUUUCUCCAACUGGAGAAGGGACUGGAAAAUGUGUCCUAAGAAAAGCUAGCCCAACAAAACCGUCUUGUUGGCUGACCGCGGCUGACUGGAUAUCCAUUUUUUGCGGCAAAAAUAUACAUAAAUCCAAAAGGAAAAUACUGAACUUUGUGGCAUGGAACGUUCGCACAUUGUUGGAGAAUAGUGAUCGAAAUGAACGUAGGUCCGCCAUCGUGGCGCGUGAGCUGGCUCGUUUUGAAAUAGAUAUUGAUGCACUGAGUGAGACAAGAUUAUCCGAUGCUUCACAAUUUGAAGAAAAAGCUCUGACUCGACUUCAAUGUGGCUACUCAAUAUAUCUCAAAAGCUACCUAGCAAAAUAA